AUGAAGCAUGCCCCAUCCACUGCACGUGCAUUAGUAUUGCGUACGAAGCCUCCGUACCCAAAAAUCCUGGCUCAGACGCCGUACCCACAGGGGUACAUCAUCCCAAAAUUUCCUAAGUAUAACGGCGUCGAAAGGGAUACAGAUGAGCACUUACAGAGAUUCAUGGAAUCUCUAGGCCAGCAUAGAUAUGACGAGAUCUUGCACCUUCAAGAAUUCUCCAAGUCUCUCACAGGGCUCGCGUAUAGGUGGUUUCGUAGCCUCGAGCCAGACUCAAUCACCACUUGGCAACAACUCUCUCAGAAGUUCCACGACAAGUUUGGCCAAGCCAUCGAGGGGGUCACCACCCUCUCCCUCACUAAAGAAAUGCAAGAAUCUCACGAGGAGCCCCUCAAGUUCAUCUCUCGCUUCCAAGCCCGUGCGAGGGAAUGCUUCGAGGGUAACAGUGAAAGGGUUCUGGUUGAUAUCUACAUACAGGGCAUGACUAAGACCUAUAGGAUACACUUGGUCAAUCUGGGUCUCAACAGCUUCAGCGAUCUCACCACAGCUGUACGGAACAUUUGUAAGGAUCUCGCACCUCCCAAGGUAGAGGUCGCUAGACAGGUAACUUGCAAAGACAUGCCGGUUGCUCCUUGCAAUGACAGAGCAAAAAAGCUUCGCGAGACAGAUGUUAGGGCCAAGGGAUCUCGAGCUGAGCAAACAAAUGAUCCUCCCCCAUUCCUAGUAUGUAUGGAAGAAGUCGCCAGUACUCUCAAGCAGUGGGUCAAGCAUGGUGUAGUCGUGCUACCUGUUCCUCACAAAGAGCCAACCGCGCAGGAGCGUGCGAGCCCAAAUUUCUGUAUCUUCCACCAAGCCACUACACAUCCAACAAGUGCCUGUAGGACUCUAAGGCAAAUUUUUCAACAACGGCUCAAGGGUGGUGAUCUCGAGUUGACUAUGCCAAAGGAUGUACGGCGCAAUCCAUACCCUCGUCAUCGUGGUGUGGUUGUGGUCACGUAUUAUGAUGAAUUGGAAGAAACCAACCCCAUGUAA